AUGCCUAACAUGAUAUUCGACCUCGAAUCUAUCGAUCCCUCAAAGCCACGAGUCAAACACAUCACCAACCCACGACGCCUCCUAAUCCUCUCACCACCCUCACAAUCGCUUUCAAUAAUUCCUCCGCUCCUACACUCACUGACCGGAGUUCCAGUCCUUGAUCUUCCAAACCAAACACCCGAGCCAGAAACGAAGACCAAAACUCCACCUACACCUACACCUACAACUCCUCAGACAGAUGCUGCUCCAGCAACAACAACCUCAUUCGCAGGCUACACAACCCACAGCCCAUUAAGCCUCCAAACAAAAUACUACAAAACCGACGUCCCAGUCUGGGUAGAUGAAGUCCCUAUUAGUACCGAUUCCACGAACGCAACAGCCGAACAAUGGCACACAGAGUUCCUGAGCGCUGAGGCGGAUAUCGUGCGCGACGCAGUUGGUGCUUUGGUCGUUUGCGUCCAGUCUCCGAGGGAGAGUUUGACCACGACUGAAGACUAUGCUGCGCGCGCUGAUGUUGCCGCUGUGCUGGAUCUAAUGCGACAGGUUGGGUCUGUAAAGGCGCGGAUUGAAGAGGAGCGUGGUGGGCUUGGUGAUGUUUCUAGCGUGUUUGUGCUUGUUGGGCCGCGGAAGACUGCUGUGCGCAAGACUUCAAGUGGUGCUAAUGAAGGGUUUAGGAGUGACGAGGAUCUUGGGGAUGAUCUCGAUGUGCCGUUGUCGGUUAGUUGGUGGGAAGAUCAGCUUUUCGAUAUUGGGUUGUUGGGGUGGGAGGUUGUUGAGUGGGAUCCGCAGGAUCGAAGUAUUGAAAAGACGAAGAGUAAAUUCGGCGAGUAUGAGGGAAUGCCUCGGAUUAGAGAGGUUCUUGAGACGCAUGAAUGGACUGGAUCUUCGGAUUCACUUCUUGACACAGAGCAAGAUUCGGACGGUGAGGAUGGGAUCCCUGGAUUCGGCGGGUCCUCGCAUUCUCGUGGCUUUGGAAAUGAAGUUCAUGAGUUGGAGUGCGAGAUGUUUGGGCUGCGGAUGGCUAUUGAACGGGGCGGUGGUGAUGAUGAGGAAGAUGAAGAUGAUUUUACGUUUGACGAUAAUGCGUCGUUUAAGGAUGAUGGGGAGGAUGAAGAUAUUAAGGUCGAGUCGAUGGAAGGGCUGAUUAUGCGCAUGCAAGCCAUACGAGAUAUGGGUGCUGAUUUGCCUGAGGCUGAGAGAAAAAGGUUUGCUGCGAAGGCUGUACAGGACAUUAUGCGCGAGCUGUAG